GUUGGUUUCGUUGACCGACCAACUUGUUUAUAAAUUGUUUUGUAAUUUAAUUUAUUAAAUAAGUGUAUAUUCUAUGUUUUUACAUAAUGAUUUCAUAUAACGUUUCAAAAAUAUUUUGUGUUGCAGUAAAUUAUAUUUGUAAUUUCGAAUUGUGAUCAAAAAGCAAUAGUAGUGAUAUUUUCUCACAUAAUUAUGGUUAACUGACGUUAGACUGUGCAUCCUCAAUUAUGGCAGACCCAGGUUAUUACCACAGUGAUUAUAUUCGACACCCUGUCCUCUAUGAGCUGGGCGUCAAGUAUGGAAUUAAAACGGAAUGUAUUCCAGAAAUAGCAUUGCCGUCUAAGUUGGAAGAACUCAAGGAUGUCAUACGUAAAGAGAUACGUAAAGAACUCAAAAUAAAAGAAGGUGCCGAAAAGCUUCGCGAAGUUGCUACUGAUCGAAGAUCGCUCUCAAAUGUAGCGAAUCUUGUAAAAGAGGCCAAUUUAAAACUGAAUGAACUUAAAUCUGAUCUGCAAGAACUUGAAUCACAGCUUCUUUUGUCACGCGGUCAAUCAAUUCCGACUUCACCAGAAGAUUUAUCUUACGAUGAAGAGAUUAUUUUGGCUUCAGAAGCUGCGCAACAACAACGUCAGUUGGGUGAGGGUACGACUGAUCGCAAGUUGGCAUCAUUGGAAAAACAACUUAAUAUUGAAUUGAAGGUAAAACAGGGCGCUGAGAAUAUGAUACAAAGCAUAAGCAGUAGUAACCAAUCUCGUGACAAGAAACUACUUGCUGAAGCUCAUCAAAUGCUUGCAGAUUCAAAAGAUAAAAUUGAAUAUCUUAAAUUGCGUAUUUCUAAGCUAAGCAAACAACAAAAGGGCGAUAAUGCAGGAGCAAAUGGUGAUGGAAGGGGAACUGAUAUUAGUGGAGUUGAUGCCUUACUGGAUGAAAGGAUUGCAGAAAUUAGAAACCGCCUUCGUAUAGAAGCAGCUGUAGUGGAAGGUUCCAAGAAUGCUAUAAGACUAUUACAAAGUGAUAAAAAAGUAACAGACAAGAAAGCAUUACAAGAAGCUCAAACAAGUCUUCUUGAGUCAACCCAAAAGUUAGAUUUGCUGCGAAAGUCACUUGAUAUGCGCAGGCAAGAACUACCUACUGAGAGUGCUGCCUUUAUAGAGUUAGGACAUGAAUUACGUAGCACUGGUUCCAGUCCUGGUUAUGUUAGUUUGUCUGGGGCAAGUGGACAUCGCAGUCUAUUUGUAUCUCCUGCUCCUAUGAUCAGCCCAUGUGUUCAAGUAACUGGCACCUUAGAGGUUAGAUUGAUGGGAUGUCAAGAUUUAUUAGAAGAUGUGCCAGGUCGCAGUAGAAGAGAUCCUCUCGCUAGCCCUUCAGAUUUAAAAUCUUUUGUUAAAGGAGUAACCAUUCGUAACUCAAUGAAAUAUACAUACAGCAUUAAGGAGGAUACAAGUAAUGAAAUCAUGGCUGUUAUGAAAUUGGAUAACCAUACUGUAGCUCAAACCAGUUGGAGACCAUGUUCUCAACAGGCCUGGGAUCAAAGAUUCACAAUUAAAUUGGACAAAUCCAGAGAACUUGAGAUUGGUAUUCAUUGGAAAGAUUGGCGUGGACUAUGUGCUGUAAAAUUUCUAAGACUGGAAGAAUUUAUUGAUGAUAUACGACAUGGAAUGGCCCUUGAACUCGAGCCCCAGGGUCUUUUAUUUGCUGAAAUUAAGUUUUUAAACCCUAUAAUUUCAAGGAAACCAAAACUUCAGCGUCAAAGAAAGAUUUUUAAACAACAAGGCAAGAAUAUUCCUAGACCUUCUUACGGAGAAAUGCAUAUACCUGCUGUAGUCUUAGGAAGACUUUUGAAACGUUCUUCACCUUCAAUUCAAAAUAUCCAGAGUGCCCAUAUUCAAUCUCAGCAACAUAAUUAUGAACCUGACAACAAAGAUGUUGAAAAUCCACAUGCCACCCUUAUUGGAAUGGCUGGUGUACGACCCUUGGGUUUGCCCUCUGCUCCAACAACACCACAGGUACCUAUUGCACCUCCUCCAAAACCAACUUUACCAUUGCAACCACCACCUAAUGUGUCUACUCUUAGAAUGGAAAAAGAAUUACAAGAAGCAUUUGCAUUUUUAGAAGAUUCUUAUAACAGGGAUAGUUAUAUUGCAAAGGAACCACAGACUUCAUCAUGUAACACUCCCCUUGUAGAGUAUCCACCAUCACCGUCCCCUAAAUUAGUCCUUGAAUUUCCAAGUAAUGAAGACCAGAUAGUUGACUUUACAAAUAACAUGCGUAUUUCUUCAUCACGGUCUUCUUCAGUUAUAGAAACUCUUGGCAAAGAAUUAGACUCAAGGCGGCAGUCGGGAGAAAUGUCAAUGGAAAGCUUCAGACUAUUAAGUGUUUUAGGUCGAGGUCAUUUUGGCAAAGUAAUUUUAGCCCAAUAUAGACCAACUAAUGAAUAUUUUGCAAUUAAAGCUUUAAAGAAAGGUGAUAUAAUCGCCAGAGAUGAAGUUGACUCUUUACUGUCGGAAAAGCGAAUUUUUGAGGUAGCUAAUGCAAUCAGACAUCCAUUUUUGGUAAAUCUUUUUGCAUGUUUUCAAACUGAACAACAUGUUUGUUUUGUCAUGGAGUAUGCAGCUGGGGGUGAUCUUAUGAUGCACAUACAUGCUGAUGUAUUUACUGAACCGAGGGCAGUAUUUUAUGCAGCUUGUGUAGUAUUAGGUUUACAGUAUUUACACGAAAAUAAUAUAAUUUAUAGGGAUUUAAAACUAGAUAACUUAUUACUUGACACUGACGGGUAUGUUAAAAUAGCUGAUUUUGGCCUCUGUAAAGAAGGAAUGGGUUGGGGUGAUCGCACAGGAACAUUUUGUGGCACUCCUGAGUUUCUAGCUCCUGAAGUUUUGACUGAGACUUCAUACACUAGAGCAGUUGACUGGUGGGGUCUAGGUGUCCUUAUUUUUGAAAUGCUAGUAGGAGAAUCUCCAUUCCCCGGUGAGGAUGAAGGUGAAGUGUUUGAUUCUAUUGUUAAUGAUGAAGUUCGUUAUCCUAGAACUCUAUCUUUAGAAUCAAUUGCUUUAAUGCGUCGAUUGCUUAGAAAAAAUCCCGAACGCCGUUUAGGCUCUUCUGAAAGAGAUGCUGAGGAUGUGAAAAAACAAGCAUUUUUCCGCAAUGUUGAUUGGGAGCAGUUACUCCUACGUAAAGUGAAACCACCAUUUGUGCCAACUAUAAAUAACCUUGAAGAUGUUAGUAACUUUGAUAGUGAGUUUACAUCCGAAGCAGCAGUUCUGACACCACCUAAGGAGCCCCGUCCUCUCAGCAAUGCAGACCAUAAACUUUUCACAGACUUUACAUAUAUGGCAGACUGGUGCUAAAAAUAAAGAAUUCAAUACAUUUAUUAUUAUAUUUAAAGUUAGUGUAAUUCUUAAUAAUAAUAAAAACCCCAUUGCCUUACAUGUGUGAGUGAAAAAACUGUAUUUUGAUAAUUAAUCUAAUCUAUACAGAAGGGUAUCUUAUAUAGAUACUCGCAUGUUAACUUGUAUUUAAUGCAGUUGAAUGCAAUAUUUUAUAAUAAAUUGUGUAAUUUAAUAACAUAAGUUUUAAAUAGCUCUAAUCUUUAUUUUUUUAAAAACAUUGUGUUACAGAUUUAUAUAUUAUGUAGUUAUGGAAUUAACAUAGAAGUUAGUAACUAUUAAGAAAAGCGUGUCAAAUAAAUCAUUGUUUUCAGUCAAUUCUUUAUCAGUGAAAUAAAGGUAUCAAGAACAAAUUAUACUUUUAAUAUAAUAUAACCUUAACCAAUUGGAAGGAAUA